GUAUUCGGACAAGGAACCAAGCUCAUUGUUACUGACUCUACCCUCCCUCUGCCUGUCUUGACCAUCCUCCCUCCGUCCAGCGAUGAGUUGAAGUCCAGCAAAGUCACCCUGGUGUGUCUGGCCAGUCAGAUGGCCAUGGGCUACGCAGAUGUCAGCUGGACCGCUGGAGGGAAUCCGGUCACCGGCGGCAUCGCAACGAGUGGCCCGGUACCGCAAGCCGACAAGACGUUCCAGCUCAGCAGCUGUCUGACCGUUGACACGUCAGAAUGGAACCAGGACAAAGUGUUCUCAUGUAAAGUCACCGCGGGAUCCAAGUUCGCUGAGAAAGGCAUCAAGAAGUCUGAAUGCAGCACUGAAUAGCCUGAGAUCCAUUGUCAUGUCCAUUUCAUUUUCUACAUCACUUUUCAAGUUAUUGUUAAUGAAUUAAAACGUUUAACCUGCAUAUAUACAUUAUGUUCCAUAAAAGAUAAAUAGCUAAUCACACUGAUAUCAUAGGCUAUAUGAUAAGUAGACUUGUUAUAUUUGAAAUGGGUUGUUUUGCAGAUGAUUAAUAGAGGAAUAGUUAGAGCUUUGCUGUAUUGUGGAUAUUCAAUAAAGAACAUUCUAAAGAACAA